CCUGCGCACAGUAGCGAAGCACCCGUUGCCACGAUAGUUUGGCGUCGUGUUCGGCGCGCCGCCGUGUCGUUUCCUUUUAAAUACAAAGGAAUUCAUCAAUGUACGAUUUAUAAUUGCGAGUCGCGAUUAUGAGAUUGACUCGGUCGCGUGAUACGUGUGAAUUUCCGCCGGUGUGCCAAGCAGAGGACGUCGGAGGUAUUUGAAACUAGCCAGUGUGUCGGCACGGCGGGACGCCGGCCCUCGAUCCGUCGACUGGAUUUUCGAUCGCUGCUUUGAUCGUACCGGCAUGGCGACCGCCGGUCUUGAGGUGCGCGAAGCUGGACGAGCGCUGCGAGUACAAACGGAAGCUCCGCAUCUCGUUUCCAUGGGAAGCGGACGUUUAUCCACCGCGGUGACCCUGCAUCCUUUACCAGAAGGUAAGCUGACGCUAGGAUCGAGUAGAGAUGCGGACAUUGCUGUGGUCGGUACAGGCGUUGAAUCCAUUCAUUGCGCGAUUGAAAACAAAAACGGCGUGGUCACUCUUCACCCCAUAAAUGGAAACACUGCUGUCGAUGGUGUACCAAUAAAUUCGCCAGUGAGACUUGCUCAAGGCUGCAUGUUAUCAAUCGGAAGAUCGAACUACAUGCGCUUCAACCAUCCAGCAGAAGCAAAGCAACUAAGAUCCGUGCUCCCACACUCAAGAAUCUCAAUGGCCCCCAUAAGUUUCAACCUCCCCGAGCACCAGCUUCAGGAGAACUAUCAUCUGGAAAGAAAACCUCCUGUGGCGCCAAGGAAAUCGCCAAGGAACUCCUGUUCGGAUGAUGAAAUAGGUUUCCUUGGGAAACUCACAAAGUUCGAGAUGCUUGCAAAGCAGAACAGAAACAAUUGUGUCUCUCCGAAAGUAUUCCCAGCCGGAGCUGUCACUACAAAUGUGCCAGCUGAUCAGAUUCUAGGACACUCUAGGUCUUCCAGUUUGAUCUCCCUGAAGAAUGGCAACAAUUCUCCUCUGCAGAACCUGACGAACUUAGAAAGAAGCCGUUCAAAUACUCCGUCCUUUAAUUCAUCUUCAGGACCAUUCCUUAAUACAUCUUCCCCUGGAAAUUGCUUUGUUUCCUCCUCUCCGAAUCAUUGUACCGAUGAAAAUCAUCAGAGAACACCCAGCAGAUCUAAUACUCCUAAUUAUCAGAAUUGUUCCACGCCUAAUCACAAUCAGAUCCAAGUAUAUUCUAAUGCUGAAUCCUACCUGAAAAGCUACAAGCCAUAUUACAGGGAGAACAAUAACGAGAACAGUCAGAGUACUCAGAACCUGAUCACCAAAAACACUGCCAAUCAGGCUGACAUGAUGUCUAGAAGUUUCACUUGUCAAAGAUCAAAUGACCUUGAUGAAUUAACCCCUAGAGAGUUUGACAUGAGUCAGAGUCUCAUUGUCACAAAAACUACCACCACUGAGUACCUCCAGCUGGAGAAAUUUGGUUCUAAUCCUAAUAUCUGUAACAGCUCCCCCAAUGGGAACUAUGGGAGUCUGAGGAAUGUAUCAGAAGCGCCCAAGUUUGGUUCAAAUCCAAAUAUCAAGAGGAUACAACCACCCAGUCCAGCUUUCAAUCGCAAUCCAAAGUACAACGAACCCAAAAGGGGAUUUGUAAGAGUGAAGAGUCCAACUCCAAGCAUUGGAAGCGGUUGUUCCUUGGAGGAACUGAGGGAGAGACAGAUUGACGCUGAGAAUAAACGUAGAGAAGCUGAGAGCAGAAGGAAACAGGCUCAAGAGGAGAGACUGAGGGAGCAGGAGAUUGAGAGACAGGAGAAGAUGAGGCUGGAGGAGAUUCUUGCUAUGUGCGCAGAGUACGAGAGACAGAGCACCAUGGAGAAGCCCAGACAACCUAACAGGAUCAAGACAAAUGGUUCUCUUCCACGAGACAAAAGACUGGGCUACAGCUCUCCCUUCGACAGCCCCAAGAGUCCAUCAAAGAAUCAACCUCAUUUCUCCUUCGACGCUAUAAAACCACCAUCAAACUCAGCAUCAUACGAAAAUGUGUGUGUACAAAACUCGAAGAUGGUCUUUCAAAAUGGUAAUCCACAAUCAACCACGCCGAACAAUAACCAAUCAGUUAAAUGGCCAAACGUUCUUGGCAACGGGGACCAUAGUUUUUCCAAUUCAAUCUCGCACGGUCGUAGCUCCAGCUACGAGAACGCGACGGUUGAUAAUUCACCGUUAAACAAUAAUAGUGGAAACGACAAAGAAACUUCUACUUAUGGAACGAUCCAAUUGAAUGGAACAAGAAUUAAUCAACAGAAUGGGAAUUUAAGUCUAUACGAGAAUGUAGUGAUAGGACCAGUUCAGAAUAAUAAUCAAAAUAAUCAUUCCAUGCCAAAGAAGAAUGGCCAGCUGUCGAAUUCCUGCGAGAUGAUUGAAAAUAAACUGGCCAUUUCGAACGACGACCUUCUAGAGGCUAUCGAGCAGCUUUCUAUGCUUUCGAAAUCUAAAGAAAUUUGCACGAUUCCGAAAAAGAAUAACUCUGAGAAGGACAACGCGAAAUCGAACGAGGCUAAGGCUGAUAAAGAGAGAAAGGAACUUGAGGAAGAGGAUAGGAAGAAGUAUAUUGAAUUUCUUCAGAAUGAGAAGCUGCAUAUUCUUGGUAAUAUGGAUGCCUUGAAGAGGAGUGUAGCUGAUAUUGAGAUACAGGAAGAGGAAAUUAGUAGAGAGCUUGAAUUGGAAAAAGCCUUGCUCUCUGCGGAAUAUGAAUCAGAAUCUUUGAAAUUAAACCAAGAUGAAGGUGAAAAAAUAAAAGUGCAAAUGAGAAUUAACGAAUUGGAGAGACAAAUGGCUGAGGAUAAUACUACUCAGGCGAAUUUGCAAGCGGAAGCGAAGCAAAGAGUUCAGAGAGCUCAGCAAGCUUGUAAUCGUUUAGAAGAAGAACUGACGAAUUGCACGGAUGAAAGGAUGCAACAAGAAGUUAGCGAAAAGCUGAUGGCUCAACAGGAUAUUCUUGAGUCUGAAAGAAAGGCCUUUGAGGAUCUUGAGUUCCAUCAUCUUGAAGAAGAAGCAAGUAAACUUGCCACUAGAGAAGAAUUACAAAGAUACUUGAGCGAACUGACAGCCAAAAUAGAGACUAGAAAAGCUAGAUUAAACCACCUUGAAUCUCAGAGAUCAGAAGCAAAAAGCACAGCGACUAAAGAUGCCAGGAGCCUCGAAAGACAAAAGUUGGCGCAUUUGAAGCGGUUAGAAGAAGGUCGAAACCGAGUUAGAGCGAUCAACGACGAGCUGACAAAGUUGGCACAGAAUUGCGAGAACAGCGAAGAGAAACGAUCUCCGAGCAGGGAAGACUUCGACAGGAUCUCCAGGGUCACUACUGACUCUCCCAUUGUAAACAAUCAGGGCAGCUUGGGAAGGAAGACUAUCGAGUCCCUUAAGGAAAUUGAGAGAAAUCGACAGCUUCAUUUAGCUAAACAAGGCAGCCAAGUGAUUUCUGAAGAAAGACGAAGAGUAGAGGAGCUGAAACGAAGAGUUCAGGACGAAGUUAGGUCACAGUGGGAAGAAAGGAAGAUGAAUUGUACUUCUUUCAAUAGCGUGGAGUCUGGCGAAGAAUCCUCUAGUUAUUCAACGGGACCAACUGAAAGCGGAAGUGGAAGCAGUGACAGUGCAGAGGGUGGAAAUAGCGAGAAAUUAUCUCCCAGCAAACUUUCGGAACUUACGUCACCCAGUCCAGGACCUUCGAACAAUUCCUACAGUCUCCUCCAAAAUGAUAACAUGAGAGACGACCGAAGAACAUCAAUGGAAGGCGAGAGACUCAGCAACACCAGUGGAGGAAUAAUAGAAGGAAACGGAAGUCGGCCUCUUUCACAGACCUCUAGCGAAAUGGACACCCUGGGUCCAUUGCAACCAGUCAAACACCGUGAAAAGGCAAAACUACAGUUACUCCUACAGAGACCACUCACAAGAUACCUUCCCAUCAAGUCGGAGUCCUUGGACCUGAGGCAUCAUAUCGAGACUGCAGGCCAUCAUUUACCCCUCAUACAUGAUGUCACAGUGGAUACUACCAGCUGCAGUGGUUAUUUGUCCAAAAUGAGCAAGAAAUUCCAUCAUUGGAACAAACGGUGGUUCGUGUUUGAUAGGAAAAGAAAGACACUGUCAUAUUACAGUGAUAGCUCUUCCAGGAAAGCUCGAGGAGUGAUUUAUUUCCAGGCUAUAGAGGAAGUAUACGUGGAUCAUAUGAACACUGUGAGAUCACCACAACCAUCAUUGACAUUCAUUAUCAAAACAUCAUCAAGAUUGUACCAUUUAAUGGCGCCAAGUCCAGAGGCUAUGCGAGUUUGGGUGGACGUCGUGUUCACUGGUGCUGAGGGUUAUCAUGAAUUUGAUCAUGGUAUUUGAUAAACUGAUCCUUUAUAGAUUUCUGGUCAAGAUCUAAUUUUAUUUGGAGAUCACCGUGGUCCUCAAGGAUAGCCUACAGGUUCUCAAAGCUUGUGUGAUCGUUUGAGGCAGAGGUUUGAUUGGAAUUGAAUGUAUUGGUGCUAGGCAGCUGUACACAGACUCAAAUAGUGUGUUUAAUGAUUCUGAAUUUUGUAACGGAAAGGUAAGGAUUCAAUGAUGUAUGCCAAAUCGAGGGCAUUAAUGGUGUGUUACUGAGAAGUAUUAUUCAUUCGAAUGCGGGCAAUCACUGAUGAAUUUGAUAGAAUUCUAGUCUUCCAGCAUAACUUUUGAAAAAGAAAAUCUUCAACAGUAGUUUGUGUGUUCUGGUUACGAACCAAAAAUCCAGUCCUUAAGAUACUGUAAAUACAUGUCAUUUUACAUUUUACAUUUACACUUUAACACUUUUAAUAAACAUGCCUGUUUAUACAUCCAAA